GAGAACCUCGGCUAGUGCCCAUAUGUAGGCUACCAAGACAAGUGAAUCAUUUCGAUGGAAGAGUCGACUUUUGUUCCUGCUAUAGCAGCAGGAUCAUUUUAAAUUUAAACUUUGUCCGGUGAGCCGCGUUGAUUUUUUCGCGCCUUGUCAGUAUCAAUUAUGAUAUGAAUAUAUUACAAACUUAUCACUGGACAGUUUUGUUCAUAUUUUUCACAAUAUUUAUGAUAUUUUACAAUACAAAUUCAACUCCUUCAAUUAAAAAUAGUGAAACAACAUUAGUGAAAAAAAUUGUGGCUUAUUCAUUAAACAAACAAAUCGAACUUGACGGAGAAGAAUUUUAUUGUGACAAACAAUUUGCUAUAAGUGACAAUAUUUCCUAUUACAAAGAUGGAUUGUUUUGGAAGAAAAUUGAAAACGAAGAAGUCUACGUAACGUCACUUACACUGGACGAAAGAUUGUAUCCUUAUCGUUACUUGAGAAUCGUUGGUGUAGUCAAAGGUAACUGGAACAAAACAAUGUAUUGCCAAGUAUUAACUAGUGACGGUCAAGUGAAGAUUACCAAAACUACCAUUACGCCCAUAUGGUACGAAAAAUGGAACAUGCACGAUAACAAUACUUAUUACAAUCCCAUUUUGAUGUCUUGUAGAUUACCAAAUUUUGAGAAUCAAGAUCCUCUAGCUCUAUCAUUAUCAACCAACCCGUGUAGAUUAUCAAACAUUUACCACAAAAUAAUGCCAUCAACACUAGAAAACCUGCAAAGAAACUUCACAAUUUGCGUAAAGCCAUUAAAUUUCAAAAAGGACAUGUCCAAUCACUUGGUGCAAUGGAUUGAAAUAUCCAAGAUAAUCGGUGCUCAGUAUUUUCAUAUAUUUCUGAAGAAUGUUACCAAGAAUACCAGGAAAGUUCUAGAAUGGUACAAGCAUCAAUAUCCACAUAAUUUCCACAUAGAAGACUUCACCCCACUGGAGUGCCAAAAUUGUACAAGAAACUUUUUCAAAUCCACUUGGCAAAGACGCAAAUACGAAGUUGUAACUUACAACAAAUGUUUCAAUAGGAAUUUAAACUCCAAGUUUGUCAUACCAUUAGAUGUGGACGAAAUUAUAGUACCAAAAACAGUUACUAACUGGAACGAUCUCGUGCAAGACCUCAAUGAUAAUUACGCCUCUCUGAUAGUACAAAACGUUUACUUUUUCUCGAGAACCCGUUACGACGAGCCGUUCUUCUUAAAUGAAAAACGACGUGCAAAAGUGACCAGCGCUAAAGGGGAAAACAGCAAAAGUUUUAUUUCGACAAAAAACACCUUAACAGUAUUCAACCAUUAUGGUUUACAUUUAAUUAGGCCUGGUGUAAUCAAAGAUUAUUUUCUGCCUUUUCAAGAUGUGCAAUUAAAUCAUUAUAAGGUAUCUUGCGAUUAUGUGAUACUUCCUGAAUGCGUCAAGUAUCAGUUUAGUUCUACUCUUGUUGAUAACGUUAUUUCUAAGUAUAAAAAUCAGUUUAAUGAACGAUAUGUUACAGUGUUGCAAAGGCUUAACAAUGUUGGAAUAAAGAUUUUGUGAAUUUA